AUUAGAGACCUUAUAUAUGCGACUUCCCUAGGUACUUAUUGUACUCUGGCACUCUGACUGUUCGAAAGCGCUGCUUUCUGGCCGAGGAUAGAGAGCCUACCCAAUCAAACAUAACAGAAACAACUGAGUGGCUCAGGGAUCUAUUGCACAGGAAGAAUGCGGAGAGGAUGAGGGUUAUGAGGCCAGAAACCGAAAUAAGGAUAAAUCAGCCUAUGGCCACAUACGAAGAUACAGACUUUGGCAGAGUCAGCACCAAGGAAGCGAAUACAACGGGUUAUCACCAAUAUGUUGAAGGAACAGGUUGCGAAACGCCUCGCCACGGAUGAGAAGUACGCGCAGGCCAAAGCGCGUUUGGACAAGCUAAAUUCUGAUAUAUUCUUCAUCCGGUACGAAGACUAUUUUGCACGAGCGUGCGACUUCCUGAGGCGGACACUACUUAGGGAGAGAAAGGCAGCCAAAAAUCGCCUAAAGAGGCAGAUGAAAAAACACAGAAAGUGGGAAAGGGAGGCGAUGAACGAAGGCGGACCUAGCAAACCAAUCCAACUCAAGCCUUCACAUGAAGCAGAACCAGAAGGCGUGACGAAGGAUAGCGAGUCACCCCCAUCAUCACCAUCCCAGCUCGACGAGGCGGGGGAGGAAGCAGCAAAUACCUUUGUUCACGAACAUUGGGCAAAGAUAGACGAUAUCCUGUCUAGAGAAGACACGAAGGUAGCACAAUGGGCUUCGAAGAAACUAGAUGGGAGGAACGAACUUCCCCCUUCGACCCCAAUGAUUGACCUCCUCGAGAAGUUGACCGACGACCAGUGUUUCGUCGCGUAUCUCGAGGCCCGUAAUUCCAUUACGAACUAUAGCAAAAGGAACGACAUAGCCCAUUCCCACAUCGGGGCUAUGAUGAAGGAGAACGCCAGCAACAAAGCUGCCAAGCAAAUCCAGGAGGAUCUACAAAACCUUGCAUACAUAACAUGUAUGGACAAGUCAACCCUUGACGCGACUAGGACCGCCAUAUUUACCACGGCGCGGCUGUUCUUCCAACAACUAAAGAUCGACAGGACGACCGGCGAAGUGUUUUCGAUGGUCCCAUGGCCGAAGGAUAAGCAUGGAAAGUAUAUCCGCAAAGAAGAAGAGUCCUCGGUCGGCUACGUCGAUCUAGACGAAAACGACUCAGCUAGCGAUAGCGAAGACAACAACGAUGGCUAUUACUAGGCGCCAUGACAAGCCUUUCAGCUGGAAGAGCGGGCGUCGCUCUCCCAGCUAGGAGAGACGGUGGCGGCUCGAUUGGCGGGUUGGACGAGCAGGAGU